GGCGCGCGGCGGGGCCCGGACCGGCAGGGCGGGAGCGCUGAGGGGCGGCCGCGUUGGGCCGCUCGGUUCCGCUGCUCCGCUCGUCCCGGGACCCUCUGCGCGCCCCUGCCCGCUGUCUGAGGGCACUUAUCGGACCGGACAGGCAGGAACAGCCCUGGCUUUUCCAGGUGGCUCCAUCAUGGAUGAAACUGUGGCUGAGUAUAUCCGCAGGACUGUGCUAAAAAUCCCACGGGAUGAAAUCAAGAUGAUGCUGCAGAAGUGGGACUUUCUCUCUGAGGCACAGCUGCAGACUGUCAACUUCCAUCAGAUAAAGGAUAACAUUUCUCAAGAAGUUGUUCAACUCUGUGAGGAAAAUUCUGCAGACAUAAAGCAAGCAGCUGUUCUAGACAUAAUUUACAACCACAUCUACCAAAACAAAAGAAUGUGGAGUGUUUACCAGAUGAGAAAAACAGGAGAAGAAUUGGAAUAUUUUGACUUAACAGAUUUCAAAAAGAAAUUUAAAAGGAGACUUCAGUCAGCCUUGAAAAAUGUCACCAUCACCUUCAGGGAAUAUGAGGAUAAUGCCAUCUGGAUUAGGGUUGCCUGGGGAACCCCCUACAGACAACCCAACCAGUACAAGCCCAGCUACGUCGUGUACCAUUCCCAGACUCCCUAUGUCUUCAUCUCGGCCUCGGUGCUCAAGAGCAACUUGCCUCUGCUGUGCCAGGCCCUGAUUGUUGCUUCCAAUUACCAUGAGAUCCGUGAAAUGGAGCUUCGAAGUCAUUGUUUAAACUCCCUUAAAGAUAUUGUGUUUAAGAGAUAUAGCCAGAACUUCCAAACUUAUUGUCCAAAACCUCCACAAGGAAGGACUGUAGAACCAGAAAGUGUGGAUUUAAGGAUAAUUCAUGAAAACAAAAGUGAGAAAGAAAGAAUCCAGAGACUGAACCAGGAAGCUUUUGGUAGUGGUCCCCAACCAAUACUCCAAUUUGCACAAUAUAAGCUUGAGACAAUGUUUAAAAGUAGUCCUGAAAUGAAUGUUUUGGAUAAAAAAGAACCCUUCAGAUGUCUGGUCAAGUUUUCCAGUCCACAUCUUUUAGAAUCACUGAAAUCCUUGGCACCAGCAGGUAUGGCUGAUGCACCACUUUCACCACUCCUCACAUGUAUAACACAGAAAGCUAGGAAUUAUUUUAGAAUAAGAGAGAAAAAAGGUUUAUUUCCAGACAGUUUUGUAAGCCCUUAAAUGUAAUUUGUUUUUUACUGCUAUUAAUCUAAAUCAUCAUAAACUUUAAAACAGCCUUUAAGAAAACAACUUAUUCUUUGGUAAUACCUUAAAUUUUUUUCUAACUUAUGGCUUCUUUGAAUUAUUCUCCCCACAGUUGUCUUUAACAGAAAUCAGCCCUUUCCUUGACUAAUAAAAAAAGUCCAUUGCAAAGUUUAAA